CGUAGCCAGCAACAGUGAUCGAGGAGACACGUCACCGCGGGGACCGGACUGCAGCAGAGCUAUGCACACGACGAACGCUGCACUUAUCGCCGGUUGCACCGCCACCAUGGACCAGUUCGCCGACGAAUACCUGCAACAGCAUCGGUACGCCGCGACCGCCGCCUGCACCGCGGCCGACUAUCACUGCGGCAGCAAUCCCUCCGAGUGCGAUCCGGCCGCCGCUGCGUACCCGCAACACCAUCACGUGCACCACAAGGACGGCGGCGAGUACUUCGCGGAACCAUCUUAUUACCACGACACGGCAGCCGCCACCGGUUAUUGCGGCGGUUACGGCGGUCCGUACGACGCAUACAGCGACAACAAUUGGUCGUCGUCGCCACAGGAAUAUUCGUCGUCCGGCGCCGGCGGGGUGGUCGACGGGUCGCAAUGGUACUGGACGCCGUCGGACGUCGGCGGACUGCCGCAACUGACGCCACUGACUCUGCAUCCGCCGCCACCGCCGCCGCCCGUACAGUUGGCCCCGGAACUGCAGGUCGGUUUCUGCGACGGCGACGGCUUCCGGUCCGCCGAACAUGGCCUGUUACAGUUUCAGCCCGGUCGCGGUGCUACCGAUCAAACCACAUGCAGCACAGCCGCCACCGCUGCGUCAGCAGACCAAUUCUUCAAAUCAACUUUGAAUGAUAAGCCAAUAGUUAGCAGAUGCGACCAAAAAAAAUCUAUGAGUAAAUCAUCAACGAACCAAAGACAAAGAGCCAAACGAAAACCUCGAGUACUAUUUUCUCAGGAUGUAAUAUCAGAAUUGGAACACCGGUUCAAUCAACAGCGUUACUUAUCGGCUACAGAGCGAGAAGCAAUGGCAUUACGAUUAAGGUUGACUCCAACUCAAGUAAAAAUAUGGUUUCAAAAUCGGCGAUAUAAAAGCAAAAAGUUAAUAACAUCAGACUGUACAACAUCGGAUAACAAUAAAAAGCCUCCCAGAAGACAAUUUCCAGUAAUAAAACAUUGUUACACGGAGUUAACAAGUAUGAUAACAAACAAUAAUCAAAACUUCAAUCAUACCAACAAAUAUUUUAACAUUUAAUCACAUUUUUACCAGCAAUCUGUCAAUAUAAAAAAUGCAAUGAAUAAAUAGGUAUUUUAUAAGUAAACAAUUGUUUUAUGUAUAAUAUUGUUAGUAGUAUCACUAUUACUAUGAAUUUAAUAGAAUUAAGUGGUCUGUAUAUAUAUAUAUAUAUGAUUAAUUAUUAUCCUAUUCAAAUUUUUAAAAUGUUUUUUAUACUAGUCUAUUUGAUUUAAAAAAAAUAAAUAAUAAUGUAUUAAUGUGUAAAUCAAAUGUAUAUAUUAUAUAAUUUAUACCAAAGAUUCAGCAUGCACAUAAAAUGUAAUUUUGUUUGUUUUUUAAUUUGUAAACAAUUUAUUAUGUGUAGUCUAGAACUAAUUGAAUGUUUACUAAUUACUAUAGGUAGGUACUAUAAAAAAAUAUAACUUAUAGUAGCUGUAGGUAUAGUAAAAAUUUACUUUGAACUGAAAAUGUAUUAUACAAAUAAAAUUAUUUGUUUUAUUUCAUAACAUUGAAUAUUAAAAAGUGAUUAUUUAAAAUUAAUUUUACAAAAGUCAGUAUUAAGACAUUUACAUUGUGUAGGCUCUACAAGGUUAGGUUAGCAUUAACAAGAUUGCUUAAUACUUAAUUGCUAGUUCUAUUAUACCUUUUUUCAAUAUCAACAAAAUGUUUAUAUUUAAUAUUUAUUAUUUAUCUAUGUUAUUAGUGUUGUCAUAAUAAGCUGUGUUAAGAAUAGAUACAUAACAUUACCUACUUAAAAUAUGAUAUCAACCAUUACAUAAAUUACUCAAAUUUAAAUCAAUAAAAAUAUACUAUUUCCAAAAUGGUCACGCUAAUAAGUGAUCGCUUUUUUAAACGAUUCGUCUAAUAGGAAUGAGUAAUUGUACUACUUGUUUUUAAUUAUUUCCUAUACCACAUCUACUUAUUGUGUCAUUAUGUACAGAUUGUAAAAAAAUAUGUAUAAAGUCAAAUAAAUGUAUUAGUUAAAUCA